GACAGUUUCAAGGAAGAAAAAAGAUUAACAGGUCAYGUCUGUCGAGUGUACAAAAUACACGUGUAGUAGGCUACUAAAGGGGAGGAGGGGUUACGUCCUAAACUACCGGAGAGACGCCCAUGCUCAAGCUCACACUACUUAUCAACUGUCUGUCUGUCCUGACAAGACUGAGACAUCAGAUGUCCGCGGGAAAUAUGGAACUCGAGGGCAAAAGAAAAAUGAAGGAGCAAUGUGCCCUAAGGAAGGACAUCAUCAAAGAGUUCCUGGCAGAAUUUCUGGGGAUAUUCGUAUUAAUACUCUUUGGAUGUGGCUCGGUGGCCCAGACAGUGCUGAGUAAGGGAGCUCUGGGAGAACCCCUGACCAUCCACAUCGGCUUCACUCUGGGGGUGAUGAUGGCCGUCUACGUGGCUGGGGGAGUUUCAGGGGCUCAUGUGAACCCAGCAGUCUCUCUGGCCAUGGUGGUCCUGGGCAAGCUGCCUAUAAAGAAGUUCCCUGUCUACGUGGCAGCACAGUUCCUGGGUGCCUUCGCUGGAUCUUGUGCUGUCUAUGGGUUGUAUUAUGGUAGGUGUUACUGUCAUCAUGUCCAUCACCAUCAUCAUAAUCAUAUCUUACAUCUGUAUGUCUGUCAAUUAUCUGUUUUGAUCAUUGCUAUUUCAAACUCAUGGCUGAUGCCUUGUCUCCAGGUGAUAGGAACAGCUGCCUUGAUCCUGUGCAUUCUGGCCAUUAUUGAUGGGAAGAACAUUGGAGCUCCUAAAGGGAUGGAGCCACUGUGCAUUGGCCUGAUCAUCAUGGCCAUCGGAGURUCCAUGGGACUCAACUGUGGCUAUCCCAUCAACCCUGCCAGAGACCUGGGCCCAAGGCUCUUCACUGCUGUGGCCGGAUGGGGCAUGGAGGUGUUCCGUGCUGGAGGCUGCUGGUGGUGGAUCCCAGUAGCGGGGCCCAUGGUGGGAGGAGUGGUGGGGGCCGCCGUUUACUUCCUGUUCAUUGAGCUGCACCAUGCCGAGCCUGAGAAACAGGGGGAGAACAACGUCAAGGACAAAUAUGAGAUGGUCACCCUGAGUUAGACAGAGAGGCCAUGAGCCCCAAUGGUACUGAGGCUUGGCAGCUUCCUACCCCUUUAAUCCUCAACAGGCUAAACAUUCACCUCAAUGAGGCCACACUUGACACAACCUUCUCCGCUUGCACUAGAGUCAUUUCCUCUGUCUAAGGGACCUGAGGUCAGGUCUCAGUCUCUGCACUCUCAUGGACAGGUCUGCUGAAAGAAUGCCAAUUGAGCCAAAACAUAAAAAACGCAAACACGUAUGUAAUGUUGAAUUCACAAUCACAAGCUGAGAUCUCAGGCAUGUUUACUAGCCCAUGACAUCAUCAUCAGGUGUUCAGACUGUCCAUUCUACUCUGAGGAUAGUUCCUGAGUACAGUGAUUUUUAAUAAUUUAUAUUGCAUCUCUUGUGUAGGGCUAUUUUUCAUUGCAGGAGGAAUUUGCCAAGUUUCUCAUUAUUUUGCCAAGUUUUUUUUGCCAAGUUUCUCAUCUCAUUAUUUUCUAUCUUUCAGGCAGUGGUGAUGGUAAAUGUUAUUAACCACAUUAAUGGUGAAUGUUAUUAACAACUUAGAAAAUAGCCAGGAACAGUUUCUGUGAUGGAAGGAAGGAAUUGUAUAUUUUUUGUCAUUGAGCUAGUUUAAUGGUAUGCUCUCUGGAGUGUCUUCCUUCUUCUGCUUCACUUCAUCCAUCUAUUUGUUACAGUUGUGUGAAUCCCUCUGCCUGCUGCGACACACAGCCUCAUCACUGCAUGUGUGCUAUAGCUAACACACAUCUAUGUAUUUGUGCUUUGAAAUGCUCAUAGUCUUGUUUCCUAGCUAUUAUUUUUUAGAGUGCAGAAAAAACAGCCUUAAUGUGUGUGAAAUGAGCCUCACACCGUUCUGUUUGUACUCUCUCUCGUGGAGCACAGAACUGUGUAUCGUGACACGGGAUCACUUCUAAAUUAUUUUUUAUCUGACUUUUAUUUCCUCUUAUAUAACGUUCCUGCUGUCAUGUGCACACAUUUUCAUGGAAGCAUGAGUAGGGAAGCCUAGUAUCUACAGUACCUAGCAUGAGUAGGGAAGCCUAGUAUCUACAGUACCUAGCAUGAGUAGGGAAGCCUAGUAUCUACAGUACCUAGCAUGGACAUGUUUUAAUAAACAAUAUACUGUAUGAAGAGUCCAAUGAGAGAUAGUUUACCCCACUGGCCAAUGGCCAUAUGGGAAUGUAUAAAAACUGUUUGUUUAUCGUAAUCAUUACGUUAUUACUCCAAUGAUUCGACUAGGAUUUAACCACUGAGGAACUCCGACACUAUGACCAAUAGUGAACUGGACAAUAACAGAAUAACAUCAGUACAACUUCCAAGAAUAGAGCCCUUCAACUCAGACAAAAACACUCCAAUUAACCAAGUCCUUCCAUCCUAGUGAUGUUAUUUAGCCAUGGGUGGGCAGAGGAACAUGGGUGGGCAGAGGAUCACUAGUUCCCUAUUCCCAGAAGAGCUCUCACCAAUGAAACACAUAGCAUUUUAUAACCUGUAUGUGGCUUACUACUGAACCAGAUAUAAUUCGUAGGGAAAAAUAUAGCUCUUUAGAAAUGAUUUUCUCUAUUAUUUUACACCUUUGUUACUUAGUGGUUUAGUUGCUGUAGUUUCUUAUUGUAGUUAGUUUUUUGUUUAAAAAAAUUGCUACAUGUACUUUGGAUGACUACAUGAUGCUAGCUUGAUUCUCCUGAGAUUCAACCUUUGGAGGAGUACAAUGUUUUUUUGUUGCUUCACUUGGCUUAAAAAAAGAUAAAAGGCACUUUUACUCACACAAUUUUUCUCAGAUGCUAUUUGAUAAAAGUUACUUCUUUGUGAAGGUAAUUUUGUAAUUUAUACAACUGUAAUGUAGAUUUUACAAAAAUAAAUAUUUGAGGUG